AUGACUGUGAUUGCGAAAACAGAAGGAAUUGUGGAACCUCAAAUAUCUAGGAAGAGCUCGUCUCAUAAAAGCUUCCGGCUCGACUAUCGCCUGGAGGAGGAAGUGACACGGUCGUCCCGGGACAAACAUGGCCGCUGGACAAACCCCUGGCCCACGUGGCGUUUCCCCUCCUACGCCACUUUACUGAGGUUUCUGCUGCUGGACAAGGACAACAGCAAAGUACCGUCGAGCAAAGAGGCUCUGGAUGCUGAGCUCCCGGUGAUGGAGCCAUACUUUGUGCGUAGCCCAGACCAGGGUGGGUCUGGAGCCGGUCUCAGAGUGACCUGGUUGGGCCAUGCCACAGUCCUGGUGGAGAUGGACGGACUGAACAUAUUAACAGACCCCAUUUUCAGCCAAAGGGCAUCACCCGUCCAGUUCAUGGGCCCCAAGAGGUACAGAGGGCCCCCCUGCACUGUGGAGCAGUUGCCCAGAAUAGACGCUGUGGUCAUCAGUCACUCUCACUAUGACCACCUGGACGCUGGCUCAGUGUCCAGUCUGAACAGUCGCUUUGGCUCAGAGCUGCGCUGGUUUGUGCCUCUGGGCCUGCUUGACUGGUUACAGAAGGCAGGCUGUGAGAACGUCAUGGAGCUGGACUGGUGGGAGGAAAACUGUGUCCCCACUCACGAUGACAUCACCUUUGUGUGCACGCCGUCACAACACUGGAGCAAACGCACGGCCCUGGACGAUAACAAGUCUUUAUGGGGCAGCUGGACUGUUCUGGGACCUGAGCAUCGAUUCUUCUUCGCUGGAGACACAGGCUACUGUCCAACCUUUAAGGAGAUCGGACACCGCUUCGGACCGUUUGACCUGGCUGCUAUUCCCAUCGGAGCUUAUCUGCCCCGGGACAUGAUGGUGGGACAACACGUGGAUCCUGCUGAAGCUGUGCAGAUACAUGAGGACCUACAAGCCAAACAAUCUGUGGCCAUUCACUGGGGAACAUUCGCACUUGCCUAUGAGUACUACCUGGACCCGCCAGCCCGUCUGCGAGAGGCACUGGACCACAAAGGGAUCAGCCCAGAAUCCUUCUUUGUCCUGAACCAUGGAGAGUCGCGCCUCGCCUCCUCGCCCAGCGGAGACAUUUUUGACUGA